AUGUUGCAGACCAUCUAUGAGACAGAGUCCUGCUUUUCCAGUUCAGGAGCAGACAGCCACCAGCCGCUGGAGCUCCUCAGAGACGGCAGCAGGAGCUCUAGCGCUGCCGUGCCCACGACCGUGGAGGUGAAGAGCGGCCUCCCCUCCAGCAUGCAGAGUCUGGUCGGAGCGGCUGGGGAGCAGAGAGGAGCCACUGGAGACACUGGUGGGGGUCAGGGAGAGGGGCCUGGAGGAGCAGGAGGCCCAGUGGACUUGCGCACAGAGAGCAGGCCAAGUUCUCUGUCUGGAGGCACUGCGGCGGUGGACACAGCUCUGAGAGAACAACAGCUCCAGCAGGAACUGGUCAUUCUGAAACAGCAACAAGAGCUCCAGAAACAGCUCCUGUUUGCUGAGUUUCAGAAGAAACACGAGGUUCUGACUAGACAACAUGAAGUGCAGCUGCAGGAGCACCUCAAGCAACAACAGGAGCUGCUGGCAGCAAAGCGUCAGCUGGAGCUAGAGCAGAAGAGGAAGCUGGAGCAGCAAAGGCACGAGGAGCAGGAGAAGCAGAGGCUGGAACAACAGCUCAUUCUGCUCCGGAACAAGGACAAGGGCAAAGAGAGUGCUAUAGCCAGCACAGAGGUCAAGCUGAAGCUACAAGAGUUCCUCCUCAAUAAGAAAGAGCCUGGCCCAGGUGGACUCAACCAUUCCUUCUCUCCAAAAUGCUGGGGAGGCCAGCACCCAUCACUGGAGCAGGGCUCACCUCCACAGAGCAACACUCCAGGAACUCCCCCAUCCUACAAACUGCCCCCUCUGCUGGGCAACUAUGAGGGUAAAGAUGACUUCCCUCUCCGCAAAACAGUGUCUGAGCCAAACCUCAAAGUGCGCUCCCGGUUGAAGCAGAAAGUUGCAGAACGACGGAGCUCUCCUCUACUGCGCAGGAAAGAUGGAACAGUCAUCAGCACAUUUAAGAAAAGAGCCAUAGAAAUAUCUGUGUCGUCUCUGUGUAACAGCGCUCCUGGUUCAGGUCCCAGUAGUCCUAACAGCUCCAAUUCAGCCAUCGCCAACGGCAACACAGGAUCUGUCCCAAACAUUCAAACUGAGCUGAGAUCUCUGCACCAGACGCUGGGGGCUGAUGGGACAUUGAGUCCUUUGAGUCUGUACACAUCGCCCUCGUUGCCCAAUAUUUCCCUGGGUCUCCCUGCCAACACACAUAUCACGGCGUCACAGAAACUGACGGCUCAACAGGAAGCGGAGUUUCAAGCCAUCCAAUCACUACGAGGUGGUGGGGCUUUAACAGGGACGUUUCUAUCGACAUCCUCGCUAUCAGCAGGUGCUGGUCAUGAUGUGGAGACUCCGCCCCCCAGCUCUCAUUCGACCCAUUCCUCUUUGUUGCAACACGUGUUACUGCUGGAGCAGGCGCGGCAGCAGAACGCUAUGCUCACUGUUCCCAUGUACAACCAGUCGCCGUUGGUUACAGCUGAACGAGGUGUGUCCAGCAGCAUGCGUCCAGUCAAUAAGCUGCCCCGUCACCGCCCUCUGGCCCGUACACAGAGUGCCCCUCUGCCCCAGUCGCCCCAGGCUCUGCAGCAGCUCGUGGUCCAGCAGCAGCACCAGCACUUCCUGGAGAAACACUACAAGAUGUUGUCCAAGGGGGCGGAGCUUCCCAGGCCCCCACCGACUCAUCCUGAAGAGACGGAGGAGGAGCUAACAGAGACCAAUGACAUGCAGGAGGACGAUGCUUGUCCCCGGCAUUACAGACUCCAGAAGGAAGGGUCUGACGAGAGCAUGUCCUCAUCGGAGCGACUGAGCGUGCACGUGAAGGGCGAGGAGGAGCGAGGUAGCGUGCACGUGAAGGGAGAGAGCACAGAGAGCGAGCUGGACGAGGAGGAAGAGGACGAUGACGUAAUCCAGCUGAGGGAGGGCGACGAAGAGGAGCGAGGCUACAAUCAGGCCUUGCAACAGGGCGGAGUAUUCCAGUCAGCUCUACCCCACAGAACUCUGGGCAGAACGCAGUCAUCUCCCGCCACAGCGACUGUCAAUACCGUCAAACACCUCUUCACCACUGGGCUGGUGUACGACAGUCUGAUGCUGAAGCACCAGUGCAUCUGUGGGAACGCUCACAUCCACCCAGAGCAUGCGGGCCGAGUGCAGAGCAUCUGGUCCCGUCUGCAGGAGACCGGCCUCCUGAGCCGCUGCGAGAGGAUCCGUGGGAGGAAGGCGUCUUUGGACGAGAUCCAGACGGUCCAUUCAGAGUUCCACACCCUGCUCUAUGGCACCAGUCCGCUCAACCGACACAAACUAGACCACAAGAAGCUGCUUGGUCCAAUCAGCCAGAAGAUGUACGCUGUUCUCCCCUGUGGCGGCAUUGGGGUGGACAGUGACACAGUGUGGAAUGAGAUGCACUCUUCAGCGGCUGUGCGCAUGGCAGUGGGCUCUGUUAUUGAGCUGGCCUUUCGAGUGGCAGCGGGGGAGCUCAAGAAUGGCUUUGCAGUGGUACGACCGCCAGGGCACCAUGCGGAGGAGUCCACCGCCAUGGGUUUCUGCUUCUUCAACUCAGUCGCCAUCACAGCCAAGUUACUGCGACAGAAACUGGGAGUGGGCAAAGUCCUCAUCGUGGACUGGGACAUUCACCAUGGCAACGGGACCCAACAGGCCUUCUACAGCGACCCCAAUGUCCUCUACAUCUCCCUGCACCGAUACGACGACGGGAACUUCUUCCCUGGCAGCGGCGCCCCUGAGGAGGUGGGCUCUGGAGCCGGAGUGGGCUUCAACGUCAACAUCGCAUGGACUGGAGGAGUGGAUCCUCCUAUGGGGGACGUGGAGUACCUCAGUGCUUUUAGGAGUGUGGUCAUGCCUGUUGCCCAGCAGUUCAGCCCUGAUGUGGUGCUGGUAUCAGCAGGCUUCGACGCAGUGGAGGGGCAUCAGUCUCCUUUGGGGGGGUACAAGGUCUCCGCUAAAUGUUUCGGUCAGCUGACGCAGCUCUUGAUGGGUCUCGCUGGUGGGCGGGUUGUUAUGGCGCUGGAAGGCGGUCAUGACCUCACUGCCAUCUGUGACGCCUCUGAGGCGUGUGUGUCUGCGCUGCUGGGAGAACCGUGCGAGUCGUUCCAGUGGCCUCAGGAGCAGCCGUGUCCAAAGGCGUCCUUGUCCUUAGAAGCCGUCAUAGACAUCCAGAGUAAACACUGGCCCUGUCUGCACAACCUGCCCCCGCCCACAGGACACAUGCAGCUGGACGCUCCGCAGGGGCAGUCGGAGAGGGACGAGGCAGAGACUGUCAGUGCGAUGGCCUCUCUCAGUGUGGACGUGGAAUCCAGCUCUGUGCCUGACAGCUCCCACACCAGCAGGUCUACAGAGGAGCCCAUGGAGCAGGAGCCUGUUGUGUAG